AUGUGCAGCUUGCCUCCCCCCAAGACGAACCUUGCACUGCUGUACAUUAUCCUCGUCUAUUAUCUCAGCGACAUCUCAGACUCGGAUAGCGAAGAUGCGCUCUUCGUUACCCUUGCGAGCUGGCAUGUAAGUCCUGGCCUCAUUCUUGCAGCAUCGCAUCCUCAGCAUCGUCUCCUGCUCCCCAAGUGCGCUGGUCCUCACACUCUGAAUCAACCAUCCCACGGCCCUCCUCCUACCCCUUCUCCCGUUGCCCUUCGUCGAUUUCUACUCUGUGAAGAUGCUUAUGGGAUUAGUCUCAAGCGCUCCUCCUACUACGACUCCGACUACCGCAGCGGGGCUGCCCUGCUUCGGGCCCGCCGACCGUACCUGGUCAAGAAUACCAUCACAGGCCUAGCGAUCUUCGGUUUUGCCAUUGGCGUUUGCCAAGAGACCUUUGACGACGUGAUUGUUCCGUCGGACCCGCAAGUCGCUGCGCCCAACUCCUCCUCCGCAGAAACUGCACAAUUACAGCAGAUUUCAACUCAGCCGCCGAAGACACCCACUGCGCAGGCGAACGGGAUCCGCUCGUAA